AUGUUGGUACGCCUAUUGAAAAAUCAUUUGAAAAUAUCCGCAAAGCAGGUAAUUUCUCGGAAUUAUGUCGAGACCGCAGCUCAUUCAAUCAAAACCUAUGAAAAAAUCAAACAAAAACGCGAGGAGGCUUGGACAGGAGGAGGACAACAUAAAAUUGACACACACCAUGAAAAAGGAAAACUAACAGCAAGGGAAAGAAUCCUACUUUUUUGUGAUGAUGAUAGUUUUGUUGAAUACGACAUGUUCGUUGAACACACCUGCACUGAUUUUGGAAUGGAUAAAAUGAAGUUUCCUGGAGAUUCGGUAGUAACAGGACACGGACUAGUCCAUGGAAGACCACUAUUCAUUUUCAGUCAAGACGCCACCGUAUUCGGAGGUUCUCUAUCCAGCGUUCAUGCUAGGAAAAUUUGCAAAAUCAUGGAUCAAGCCAUCAGCGUCGGUGCGCCUGUAGUAGGACUCAACGAUUCUGGGGGUGCGAGGAUUCAGGAAGGAGUUGAAUCUUUAGCAGGAUACGCGGAUAUUUUCCAGAAAAAUGUGUUGGCAUCUGGAGUAGUUCCACAGAUAUCUCUCAUAAUGGGCCCUUGUGCAGGUGGUGCAGUCUAUUCCCCAGCCAUCACAGAUUUCACUUUUAUGGUUGAAGACACAUCUUGUCUCUUCAUUACUGGCCCUGAUGUAAUAAGAUCAGUAACAAACGAAAAUGUAACUUCUCAGCAAUUGGGAGGUUCAAAUAUCCAUACGGAAAUCUCUGGAGUUGCUCAUAAGUCAUUCGAAAAUGAUAUAGAGGCUUUAUUACAGUUAAGGGAGUUUAUGGGAUUUUUGCCUCAGAGCAAUAAAAGUCCUGUUCCGAUAAGAGUUUGCGAUGAUCCGUGUGAUCUGGAUGUACCGAUUCUUGAAACUAUUGUGCCUAGAAUCACUACAGCUCCCUAUGAUAUGUUGGACGUCAUUUUAGCUAUAGUAGAUGAAAGAGACUUUUUUGAAAUUAUGCCCAAAUACGCCGAAAACAUGAUUGUCGGUUUUGCUAGGAUGAAUGGAAGAACUGUGGGGAUUAUUGCUAAUCAGCCAAAAGUAGCUGCAGGUUGUUUGGAUAUAAAUGCUGCUGUAAAGGCAGCAAGAUUCGUAAGAUUUUGUGAUGCUUUCAAUAUAUCUUUAAUUACACUAGUGGACGUGCCAGGAUUUUUGCCUGGAGUCCAUCAGGAACAUAAUGGAGCUAUUAGACACGGAGCCAAAUUGUUGUUUGCUUAUGCUGAAGCUACUGUACCAAAAUUGACUGUUAUUACACGAAAGGCUUAUGGUGGUGCCUACAUAACAUCGUCCUCAAAACACUUGAGAGGAGAUGUGAACUACGCCUGGCCAUCAGCAGAAGUAGCGGUAAUGGGUGCAAAAAGUGCAGCCUCGGUUCUGUACAAAAACAAACUAAACAUUGAAGAAUUAGAAAAAGAAUAUAUUGAGAAAUUCGCUAGUCCAUUUCCUGCAGCUCAAAAAGGCUACGUAGAUGAUAUUAUUGAACCUAAAACUACACGUUGGAGAUUGUGCAGGGAUUUAAAUCUUCUUGCGACGAAAAAACUGGAAAAUCCUCCUAAAAAACACGGAAAUAUGCCUUUAUGA